GAGGGUUUAAAUGGCACCCAGCAGUUGGCGUGAGGGGCUGCAGGAGCUUGGGGGCCGGUGGCAGGAACAAGUCUUUUCCGACCCGAUGGAGCUGUAUGAAACAUCCCCCUAUUUCUACCAGGAGCCCCACUUCUAUGAUGGGGAAAACUACCUGCCGGUCCACCUCCAGGGCUUUGAGCCCCCGGGCUAUGAGCGGACUGAGCUCGGCCUGAGCCCGGAGGCCCGAGGACCCCUAGAAGAAAAAGGGCUAGGGACCUCGGAGCACUGUCCAGGCCAGUGUCUGCCGUGGGCAUGUAAGGUGUGUAAGAGGAAGUCUGUGUCUGUGGACCGGAGGCGGGCAGCCACGUUGAGAGAGAAGCGUAGGCUGAAGAAGGUGAACGAGGCCUUCGAGGCCCUGAAGAGGAGCACCCUGCUCAACCCCAACCAGAGGCUGCCCAAGGUGGAAAUACUGCGCAGUGCUAUCCAGUACAUCGAGCGCCUGCAGGCCUUGCUCAGCUCCCUCAACCAGGAGGAGCGAGAUCUCCGCUACCGAGGCGGGGGUGGUCCCCAACCGGGGGUGCCCAGUGAAUGCAACUCCCACAGUGCCUCCUGCAGUCCAGAAUGGGGCAGUGCACUGGAGUUCGGCCCCAACUCAGGGGAUCAUCUGCUGGCAGCUGACCCUACAGAUGCCCACAACCUGCACUCCCUCACUUCCAUCGUGGACAGCAUCACAGUGGAGGAUGUGUCUGUGGCCUUCCCAGAUGAAAGUAUGCCCAACUAAGAUAGUCUGCCAGGCUGGGUGUCUGUGUGAGCCCCCAAGCUGGUGUCAAAGCCACCACUUCUCCAGGGGACCUCCUAAGCAAGGCUGUACUGAUGCCAGGAAAACAGCUCUGGGCUGCCAUAGGCCAGACUAUCCCCUCCCAUUCAUAUAAGGUUAACACUCAGCCCAGCAAGGGAAUGGAUGCCCUAAUUUAGCUGGCUCCUCAGAGCAGAGGGCAUCCCCUUCCAAGGAGAGAAAGCUGGGGUCCAGAGCACCUCCUUGUGGAUGUCCCCCAGAGGGGCAAACUCAGGAGCUUCCUUUUUAUCAUAAUACACCUCUAAUUCCACCCCCCCCAAAUGAAACAGUUGAGAGACAGAGGCUGUGUCCUGACCUGGACAAGUGUGCUCAUCUCCUGUUCUGCUCCCUUCCUGAUGCCAGUGGCUGGGCUGGACCUGCCCUGAAUUGAGAGAGAAGAAAGGGAGAGAACAAUUCUCUAUUCCCAGGUCCCCAGGGGGAGAGGGGGCCAAGUCUUUGCAGUGAAUAUUGGGAACCUUCCAGUGGUUUGUGUAUUGUUUUGUUUUGUGUGUUGUUUGUAAAGCUGCCAUCUGACCAAGGUCUCCUGUGCCAAUGUUGCCAGAGACAGGCAGGGAAUUGGGUGGGGGCUCUUGGGUGACUUCUUUUGUUAACUAAGCAUUGUGUGGUUUUGCCAUUUUUUGUAAUUUUUUUUGCUAACUUAUUUGGAUUUCCUUUUUUUAAAAAAUGAAUAAAGACUGGUU